CCACUAAAAUUUGUCUCUUGUGGAUCACACGAAAUUUAAUGUACUAUAUUAAUUUUAUAUUCAUACAAUUCUUUCAGUGACUUUAUCAUAAACAUGGCUUUCAUAUUGUCUUUGAAACUUUUAAUUUUUCUCGCAUGUUUUCUACAGUUUCAAGUUGAGGGGACAAACAUUACUCUAGACGAAUGCCUUGCUAGAUUUGAAAAGAUUGAAGAAAGGCUUCAAAAGCUUGAGAGCGUUAAGAAAGAUUCCAAACGUUUUCUAUUAGAUGAUGGGGUCAAUACAGUGGCUUUUUAUACACAACUAUCAAAAGAUGUAGGAAAUAUUGGAAACCAUCAAACAAUAAUUUUUGAUAUUGUUACAACAAAUGUUGGACACGGGUACAAUCCAGUAGAUGGUAUAUUCACUGCACCACUGCAGGGGACAUACGUGUUUUUCUGGCUGAACACAAAUAAAGACCACAGUUACAUGAACACCGAGCUUGUAAAGAAUUCUACUGUUGUGGGAAAAUCUAUGUCAGAUGCCGCGGACCAUGCUGAUUAUGCAGCGGCAUCUAAUUCAGCUGUCUUGCAACUAAAAGCUGGUGAAGAGGUGUGGGUACGAUCUGGCACGUGGCACAGCGGAACUCUAGCUGGAGAUUACUAUUCAACGUUCUCAGGAUGGCUUCUCUAUGUGGAAUAGCUUGCAGAUUUAAGAAGUUGCAUCAAUCUGACAUUUAUAUCAUUAAAUGAAAUAAACAAUU